ACAAGACAUUAGCUGUCACAAUUAACCAUCGUUAAUCCUCUUGUAAAAAAUGUCUCCACUGUUUUGAUGUCUCCUCCCAUGUUAGUUGCAUUUACGAGGGACUGUGUGCCAACAUCCGGAAUCGACGCGUAGAUAACGUAGUUUCAGCAGCCAUUCGUGUUUGCAAGAACAAUGACAAAAUGAGCUCCAGCGAAGCCCACUGGGAACCUCUGGCGGAAAUUUAUUUAUCUUUUCCCAGUACGCAAGUUUCGCCCCCAUCAAAUACAGGCCAGGGAAGAGAAAGGGAAAAGAAGAACUGCACCUACUGCUUAUGCAGCCGUGUGUUCAUUCGAAACUACUAUGAUGUCUAUGUGUCGACCCUGGAACGGGGAGAACCAAGUAUGUCUGAAGCAUCCGGAUUUGAUCAACAACAGCAGCAGACUUUGACGGAUGCUCCUAAAGAAGAAAUUGUGAAACAACCGCCUGGAAGUACUGUCGAUGCUAGUGAAGAGAUCGAGGAUGACGUGUUUAGCGAGGAACCAGUGCGGAAGCAACUUAGUUUCGGGAGAGGGGUAGCUAAAUGGGAGAGAGAUGGAACAGGAAGUGAGGCUAGCUGUUACUUUAGUGCAAGCGCUUCCCAUUCGGACACCAAUUACUGCAGCACCGAUGAACAUGAGCACAUUUUGCACGGAUCUGUUAUGGCCCAGCAUGGAUUACAUUCUAGUGAUAGUGGAGCGGAUCUAUCGGAGAAAAAUUUUGAACGUAAAGGUGGUUCUAAGGAUGAUUUCUUUAGUGAGAUUAAAGAGGUACUGAGAGAUGACGCAAAGACUGUUUCGAAUAUUCACGGAGAGCGUAACAAUAGUCUUCCGGAGGUGUUUGGACGUGAAGAUCUGCAAGAAGCGUGGGAAACUUUUUGGAGUAAGCAUGGUGAAUCAAUUAUAUGGGCUUCGUGGAUCGAGAAAUACAGCGAUUAUAUCAAUCCGGAAUAUAUGGAAGAGGCUUGCCAGCACGAAACAAAUGAAAACUCAUCACAUUCCAAGAGUGGAACAACUCCGGACACUACUUAUAAUGCCUCGAAACACUUUUCAUUCGACACUAUGGAUGCCGAUUCGACUGAUCCAAAAGCGACCAUGGAGAUCGUGGUAUCGACUUGUUCACCACACCAUUUCAAUCGUAGUGAAACUUGGAAUCCUAUGAACACUAUCAGCGGCGAAAUGUGGACGUCUCAUCGAUCCGCAUCCGGUGAAAAUGAUGCAUUGUUGAGUCCUCGGUGUGAUUCGGUCACUUCAAGCAUUCCUUUGACCAUCGGUACAACCGACUCGAUGACGAAUGUGACAAGAAUGACAAUUUCUAGCUACGAUUUUUGCAGCUCCAAAGUCAGCUCUGAGUCUUCUAAUUUAAGCGAGACAAGCAUUAGCGAGCAGAAUUCAUCCAAUAGUUCCAAUAGUUCCGAUAUGUUGGAAACAGAGUAUCUUGUAGGAGGCAGUGGUGGACAAGCUUCGAAAUUGGCCACUCUCGCCGCUGCAGCAGAUGCAAUUCAAGAUGACGAAGCUGCUAUGGAUGGGGAACAGUACUGGCAGAUAUUGUGGCAGAAGCAUUUCCAGGAGCUGUAUGCCAAGCAUUAUAAUACUUUCAUGGUUGACCGAGUUGAGCAGCAGAACGUCGGAGGGCUGCGAUCGAAGCUAUACAAACGAAAACGCAACAGCAGUAGUGGAUCGAGUGGAUUUCAUAAGGCAACCGGCAGUGAUCAGCUUCCGGAAAUGGUUGCCCAAUUGAAACUUGAGCUUUCUGCUUCUAUCGAGAAAGAGCAACCAAAAAUCGUUCCCGUUGAUGGUGAUUGUGAUAAACAAAAGUCGACUGAAACAGAUACAGGUUCCAACCAAAAACAGGAAAAACAGCAAUCAUCAUGCGAUCACAUUGUAGAAGAUAUUACCAGUGCAUUGGAGGCCUACGGUUUGCCAACGACUUUCGGUAAAUCCGGCAAAAAAUUAUCCGCUCGUGCAAAUAGUGAAGACGAUGAGAAUGAUCCACCGGACGACCGUCCGGUCAACCUGAAACGUAGUCAUGAAAGUGACACCGAAGAAACACCAAACGAUCGACUGAAGGCUGCUUUCGAAUUGAUGGGCUAUGCUUUCUCCGAUCCUAUCCCACGGGCUCUAGAUCUAGGAAGUGAUAACGAGCAACCAAAAACCAGUUCGACAAUUAUCAACAUUACUGGUGAGGUUGUGUACCGAAAAAAACACAUAAGACUGCACAAUAGGGUGCUGAAGAUGAAACACCAUAAGCCUAAGCAUACAUACUUCGAUGAUGAUGGGAACGAACUACUAGGAUCGGAAAAGGACGAAGCACCCGCACAAGAAGCUCUAAUGCACACAUCAUCGGACGACGAAGAUCGUAGUGCCACCGUUCCUCCGCGCAGUGUUUCGUCCAGCGUUAGAUCCAGCACGAUACUGGAAUAUAAUCAAUUACAAGGAAAAGAGUCUCAAGAUGAGGAGAAUCCAAAUGAAGAUGAGCACAAAGCUGAGGAGAUUCCGACAUCUGCAGAGGUAAUCGGAGAGGUUGAUAUUAUUCCGGGCCCUACCAAAAAAGAGAAAAAAAAGAAACGCAAACCCAAAUUCGUGGCCAGUCUGCCACCGGAGAUCGCCAACGAUAAAUCAUUGCUCAAAUAUUGGUAUAAGCGGUUUUCGCUAUUUUCCCUGUUCGAUGUCGGAAUUAAAUUGGAUCGUGAGAGUUGGUUCUCCGUCACCCCAGAAAAGGUGGCCUCGCACACGGCCGAACGCUGUCGAUCGGACCUAAUCGUAGAUGCGUUUUGUGGUUGCGGUGGAAACACCAUUCAGUUUGCAUUCACUUGCAACAAGGUGAUAGCGAUUGAUAUCGAUCCGAAGAAGAUCGAAAUGGCCAAGCACAAUGCCAUGGUUUAUGGUGUUGCUGAUCGCAUCGAGUUCAUAAUAGGUGACUUUCUGCAGCUGGCGGAUCAACUUCGAGCGGACGUUGUAUUUCUGUCACCUCCGUGGGGAGGGCCAAGUUAUUUGAAGGAAGAAGUUUACGAUCUGGAAAGCUCUUUGAUUCCUGUGCCAGCAUCGGAGAUGAUGAGUAAGGCUCGUCAGGUGAGUCAUAAUAUUGCCAUCUAUCUGCCACGAAAUUCCAACACACAGCAACUAACAAUGCUGGCCGGGCCGAACAAUGCGGUGGAAAUCGAGCAGAGUUUCCUCGAUCGGAAGCUGAUUGCCCUGACCGCGUACUACGGAGAUCUCAUCAACGGAUGAGUGGGAAACGAUGAGCACUCAAAAGUUACUUAAACGGAACGGAAGUUUUAGACUAUCGUAAUUGUAAGAUUUUCUUCUCUUGUGUUAUUACAGUGUACUGUAUUUUUUUACAGAGAAAGGAAACUUGUUUCCUUUUCCAUCAAAUCAAUAGCAAUAAUAUCGAUAAAUUUUAUUUUUAUAGUAUAAAUAUUUUAGCAAACGCACGGCAUCGUUUAACACCACUAAUUUCCGAUUAUUCACUAACUAAUAGUCAAUUAUUUAGUUGAAGAUAACGCAUUUAACCGCUGAGUUGUUUUAGUUUCUUAUAUUUGCUUUGUCAGUUUCCAAUAAACAUGUUUUCAAAAACAAUAUAGUUACUUGUGUGGUAUUCAAAAUUGAAUGGUUCUUUGCAGCAAUAAAGUGCAACAGGAUAUAAACGAACGAACACUAAUUUGUAAACAUGCGCGUAUUGAUAGGGCUAAGAAUGAAAAAUAAAGGAUUACACUAACCGAAA